AUGUCUACAAUGGACCUCCGACGGUCCGUUUAACGUCGGUCUUUGGCGCAUAUCGAACACGUCUUCGCCGCAAGAUGAAAGAGAUGUCACCAACAAAGCGUACGUCGACCGUCACAUCGAUGUCGUCAAGAAGAACAUAUUAAAACUUCCAAGACUCCGAUGCAGCAAACAAGGAAACAUCAACGUGUUUAAAAAACGUAUCGUCAACGUGGCGUCGCCCCUCCAAAAGAGAGACGCUGCCACGAAAGAGUAUGUGGAUGAGAAAAUCAAACAAGAAAUUGCUAAAUGUCUCAACAAACAAGAAUA